AUGUUUACAUUUUCAUUGAUAACGCCACCAGAUGGUGAACUAUCUUUCAGAGCUGGGAUUUUAUCAUUCGACAAUGAAUUCAAAAUCUUAGCAGAUCCAUCUUGGAAUGGUAAAGAUCCUAAUGCAGUGUUAUUCAUUGAACAAACAUUAGGUGAUAUCAAUGCUAUCAUAUUAUCUCAUUCAACUCCAGAAUUCAUCAGUGGUUACGUGUUGUUAUGUAUCAAAUUCCCUAAUUUAAUGGCCACCAUUCCUGUAUAUUCAACUUUACCAGUUAAUCAAUUAGGGCGAAUAUCAACAGUAGAAUAUUAUAGAGCAAAUGGUAUAUUAGGUCCUUUAAAAGAUGCCUUAUUAGAAAUUCAAGAUGUGGAUGAAUUGUUCGAUAAGGUUAAUGUGUUGAAAUAUUUACAAUCAACUACAUUAUUCGAUGGGAAGAUAGUAUUGACAGCUUAUAAUGCUGGUCAUACAUUAGGAGGAACAUUUUGGCUUAUAACUAAACGAAUUGAUAAAAUCAUAUACGCUCCAGCUUGGAAUCAUUCUAAGGAUUCAUUUUUAAAUAGUGCUGCAUUCUUAUCAGCUUCUAAUGGUAGUCCCGUGUCACUGUUGUUACGUCCAACAGCAUUCAUUACAGGUACUGAUAUAGGUUCAACCAUGUCCCACAAAAGGCGAACAGAUAAAUUCUUAGAAUUAGUUGAUGCUACGUUAGCUAAUGGUGGUGCUGUGGUUAUACCUACUUCGCUUUCUGGUAGAUUCUUGGAAGUAUUUCAUUUAAUCGAUGAGCAUUUACAAGGGGCCCCUAUUCCAGUUUAUUUCUUGUCAUAUUCAGGCACUAAGAUCUUAUCAUAUGCAUCUAAUUUGGUAGAUUGGAUGGUGCCAGCUAUAUCAAAAGAUUGGGAUGAUGGAGAAAAGUCCCAGCAUUCGAGUAAUAUGCCAUUUGAUCCUUCUAAAGUAGAUUUAUUAAUAGACCCUCAAGAGUUAAUUCAAUUAGUUGGUCCAAAGAUUGUCUUCUGUUCUGGUAUUGAUCUUAGAAAUGGUGAUUUAUCAUCUGAAGCUUUCCAAUAUUUGUGUCAGGAUGAAAAGAAUACUAUAUUACUUACUGAAAAAUCCCUGUUUGCUUCUGACAAGACAUUGAAUUCACUGUUAUAUAAAGAGUGGUAUGCCUUAACCAAAAAUAAAUUAGGUGGAAGAGUAGAAGAUGGUGUUGCUGUACCUUUAGAGACUGUAUUUUCAAUUGAUGACUGGACCAAGGAAGAACCCAUGAUUGGAGGAGACUUGACUGAAUUUCAAGAAAAGAUUAAUGAACAUAGAAAGGAAAAAUUACUUGCAAAAGUAAGAGAUAAAAAGAAUCAAAAUUUAUUAAAUUCUGAUCUCGUUGAUGCUGAAGAUUCAUCUGACGAUGAAGAAGAUGAAGUAGAAGCAGCCAAUUCCUCAGAUGAAGAAAAAGAUUUAGACUCUGAAGAAAAAUCACUUGCAUCUGCAUCAAAUGGUACUGUCGUUGGUGUUAAAACUAUAGAUGAAUUAGCAGCACAUGAAGCAUUUUUAACAGACUAUAUAAAAGAAAGCUUAGAAGAUAAUAAACCAAUAGAUUUAAGAAUCACUCAUAGAUUGAAGCCUCGUCAAGCAAUGUUUCCAUACUUUCCAAAUUCACAUAAACAAAAAUUUGAUGAUUAUGGUGAAAUAAUUGAUAUCAAAGACUUUCAAAAGCUGGAUGAGAUCUCCAAUACAAAGAUUAUCAUGGAAGGUAAAAAGAAAUUUGAACAGAACGAGAAACGUGAUAGAGGUAAGAAUAAUGAUAGGAAUGGAAAUAAACAAAAGAAAGAUAAAGUCAAUAAAUUAACUCCUCAAGAACAAUUGAAUAAUGAAAUUUUCCAAAAGUAUUUAGAUACAUUGCAUGGUCCAAAGAAGAGAGUUAAGUUGGGUGCUAGUGCUUCAGCAUAUGCUGCUCAAGUACAACAGUUAAGAGUAAGGUGUGUAUUAUCUUUUAUUGAUUUAUCAGGUUUAGUUGAUCUUCGUUCAUUAGGUAUAAUCGUUUCUUCAUUAAAGCCAUAUAAUUUAUUAUUAAUUCCUGAUUUCACAAAUAAUAACCCAGAUGAUAAUGAAUCUAAUGGAUUACAACUUGCACAAUCAUACUUCAUUAAUCAACAGACAGAACAGAAAUUAGAAGAGAACAAGAAAAGCUUAUUUUCUUCAUCAAGAUAUCUUUCCUUGGCCAGUAUAAGAAGUGGUCUCUCAAGUGUAUCAAGUUAUGGAUCUAACAAUAAAAUGCAAGUAUCACCUGCAUUGAUUAACCAAACAGCCAAAAUAGGUGGUGAUGCAGACGCAGGAAGUAUUGGUUUAAGUAAUUUUGAAAUUAAUCUUGAUGAUAGUAUUAUUGAAGGAUUGAAUUGGCAAUCAAUUGGAGGCAGUUAUAAGGUGGCCCAAGUAUAUGGUGAGUUAGAAAUCCAUAAUCAAGAACUGGAAGAAGUUGAAAACAAGAAGAGAACAGUCAGUGACGUUAUAAAUUCAUCUACUCAAUUUACUUUGAAAAAGGUUAAACAAGAAGAUUUUAUUAAACAACAACUCUUGUUGGCUGAUAAAGUUGAGGAUACUACAUUAAAUUCAGUUAGUUCAAAUGGUCCAAGUUUGGCUAUUGGUAAUAUUAGACUUCCUGAUUUAAAGAAAAAAUUGCAGGGACUUAAUCUUAAUGCUGAAUUUAAGAGUGAGGGUACAUUAGUAGUAAAUGAUUCUAUAGCCAUUAGAAAAGUGGCAUACGGUUCUAUCGACGGAGAUGACACAGGAGAUAUCAUAAUAGACGGUAAUAUUGGUCCAUUGUAUUAUAAAAAGAUGCAACCAUACUCAAGAUCUGGUGGUACUAGAAAAUGUUUUUAUGAAUUCCAAACUUUAGUAGCUUGUUAUACCUCCGCAGACACUACUACCAAGAAGGAAUGUACUCCAGUGUUCGAUGAUUACUUUGAAUGCUUACAUGGUUAUAAAGAAAGAGAAAGAACUAGAAUAAUGGCACAACAAUUGAAAGAUAACGAAAUAUCUGGAAAAGGUGUUGUUGCUAAGGAUUUAUAUAAAUCUGCUGGUGCAGUUUACGAAAGCUUAGACUUAGUUAAGAAAUAA